AUGAAGGGCGACAAUAGUCGACUCAUUGCUGUUCAUAAGAUGCCUAGCGUUGUUACGAUAUGGUUGCACGAUUCUGUGGAUCACAACAACAAAGACUUUCAAUAUACAAUUAGUCAACUUGAACGCAUUGUGAGUCAUGUAAAUACGUUUACUGAUAAUGACGAAUGUGUCGAGUUUAUUCUGAAUAGUAGUCAGAAUAAAGUAUACAUAAUCCUUUCUGAUCUAGUUGGACGAUACCUUGUACCUUGUAUUCAUGAUAUGCCUCAAGUGGAUUCGAUUUUCAUCUUUUGUGAAAACCAACGUCGUCAUAAAACAUGGACAACAAUUUCGACUAAGAUAAAGGGUGUUUUCAUAGACAUAAAGUCACUCUAUGAAGCAGUAAAAAAUAUAUUUAAUCGGUACGAACAGAAUGCUAUGCCAAUGAGUUUCUUGGCAUCAGAAAGAAGACUGGACCAACUCAAUCCCUCGUUCAUGUAUACGCAACUCUUCAAGGAAGUCUUAUUAACCAUAAACUUUGGCGACGAACAUAUAAAACAAUUUAUCCAUGAUUAUCCCACUGCAUUAGCUAUCAAUAGUAAACAAUCCAGCGACGUUGAUCAAUUAGUGAAUGAUUACCUUGCAAAUGAACCUAUUUGGUGGUAUACUAGAGGUACUAUCUUACACUCCAUGCUCAAUCGUGCCUUACGAGUAAUAGAUGGUGAAAUCCUCGUGCGAAUGGGAUUCUUCAUCACUGAUCUUCAUCGACACAUCGAACAAUUGCAUAGAGAGCAAAUUAUUAAUACGUCUUUUUCGAACAUCUUCACCGUUUAUCGUGGACAAGGAUUGUCUAGAGAAGACUUUGAAGAACUAUCCAAGACUAAAGGUGGCUUGAUGUCAUUCAACUACUUCUUAUCUACCUCCACGAAACGCGACUUUGCCUAUCAUUAUGCAGACAGUAAUGCAUACAAUCCUGAUCUAGUGGGAAUUCUUUUUAACAUACAGGUUGAUCCUACUCAAACAAGCACACCAUUUGCUUUUAUUGAAAAUGUUAGUAACUUCAGCGUUGAAGCUGAAGUGUUGUUUACCAUGCCUAGUGUAUUUCGCAUACAUGAGAUCAAACCGCUUUGUACUGAUCACCCAAUCUACGAAGUGAAUAUAUUACUAACUAGCGACGUUGACAAAGAACUGAGUACACUUACCCAUUAUAUUCGACAAGAGAAUUAUUUAGAUGGAGAUGGUUGGAGUAGAUUAGGUCAACUGCUAAUCAAGCUGAGUCAGAAUCAGAAAGCUGAAGAAAUUUACAAUGUCUUGUUAAGUCAAACGUCGAAUGAUAAUGAUAAAUGGCUAAUCUAUUAUCAACUUGCUACCGUCCAGGACCAUCAGGGCGCAUAUCUGAAAGCAAUAGAGCUUUGUCAAAGAGCAGUCGAAAUUUGCGAAAAAUCAUUUUCUCCAAAUCCUUCUCAUCUGGCCACGUCCUACAACAACAUCGGUGGCGUGUAUGAGCAUAUGGGUGAAUACCAAAAAGCACUCGAAUACUAUGAGAAAGCCCUUUCAGUUGAACUAAAAUCACUUCCUACAAAUCACCCUGAUAUGGCCACGUCCUACAAUAACAUUGGCUUGGUGUAUCAUUAUAUGGGUGACUAUCCAAAAGCAGUCUUAUACCUUCAGAGUACUAUUUCAAUUUGGGAACACUCACUUCCUGCAAAUCAUCCUGUUUUAGCCACAUCCUACACCAAUAUUGGUAGUGUAUAUACUCAGACGGGUGAGUAUCCCAAAGCACUCAGAUAUUUUCAGAGCGCUCUUUCAAUUCAACAGCAAUCGCUUCCUGUAAAUCAUCCUGAUCUAGCCACAUCUUUCAGCAACAUCGGUUUGAUAUAUAAGAAUAUGGGUGAUUAUCCAGAAGCACUCAUAUAUUUUGAGAAGGCACUUUUAAUUCAUGAACAAGCGUUUCCUGCAAACCAUCCUCAUCUAGCCACAUUCUACAAUAACAUUGGUAGUGUGUACAGUCGUACAGGUGAAUAUCAAAAAGCACUCGAGCAUUACGAGAAAGCCCUUUCAAUCGACCAACAAUCACUUCCUGCAAGUCAUCCUCAUCUGGCCACGUCCUACAGCAACAUCAGUUUGGUAUAUCAUCAUAUGAGUGACUAUCAAGAAGCACUUAAAUACUACGAGAAAGCUCUUUCAAUUCGACAACAGUCACUUCCUGCAAAUCAUCCUGAUUUGGCGGCCCUUUACCACAACAUCGGUGGUGUAUAUAGUAAUAUUCGUGACCAUUCAAAAGCACUUGAAUACUAUCGCAAAGCUCUUUCAAUUUGGAAACAAUCACUUCCUGCAAAUCAUCCUCAUCUGGCUACAUCCUAUAUCAACAUCGGUGUCGUGUAUAAGAAUAUGGGUGAUUAUACAAAAGCGCUCGAAUAUUGUCACAAAUUUUUUUCGAUUCGACAGUAA